AUGGCUGAACUCGAACUGAGCAUCCACUUUAAUCGCCAUUCUCCGACACAUGGAGGUAGUGCGACAUGUUCCCAAAAAUGUAGAGCCUCUUUGCUAGAUAUUUUCCAGGGGACAAUAAAUGGAGGUAGGGCCGUUAUUGAGCAGUACCUCAGGCAAAAGAAAAUAGGUUCUCGACGUUGGGAGGCGAACAAAGAUGCCCUGCUGCCCAUCAUUCAUCGGAAGACCUCUGAAUCUAGGCAGUUGAUGGACGAAUUCAAUUCAAAGUUGGAUACGAUCCUGAAGUUGCUUGAUGAACCCACCGAAUUGGAACGCCGCAUGGCUUGGUACACCGAUGCUGCUGGUGGCAUUGAACAGUAUGCGGAGCAAGAUCCGAGGUUCAAGGAGCCAAUCGCCUUGUCUGAUGAGUGGGUCUCCACGCUACCAAAGCGGAUGGAGGACAUCGAGUUUCAUACACAGUGCAUCGUCAAAAGAUUGGAAUCGAGACGCCAUGAGCCAAUCAGCAAUCCCUGCCUCGGAAAGAUAUGGGCCAACGUAACGUUCCUUUCAUUGUAUAGAAAUGGAGCGAUCCUGCCUAGGGAACGGCUUUCUUUCGUACUAUCUGCGAGCAGAUCCGAAGAUAUCCGAGUCGAAUUUUCCGCCGACCAAUGGACCCUCAAGUUUCUCGACUUGCCGUACCAAAGGGCCCUUCUGGAUUCGAUCAAUACAAACUGCACUGGUUUUGUCAGUGUGGAGGUAAACAAGUUCAUUGGGAGGAUUUACCCUCCCGGCCUGGCUGGAGUAUUCAACUUCUCCAUCAUGCUUCGAAUUGCUUCGCUUCACUACACCGACACCCGUCGACUCAUCAUGUCCUGGGAACGAGCCAUGCUCUUCUCGUCUAGCCCUCCGAUGGGUGAAUUAAGCUUCGUAGGGGAAAUACUGGAAAUUUUAACUUCGAUCCGCUCAGCCAUUGCUGGUGCUGGCGACUCAAAUGGAGUUGGGUGA